AGUGAUUUAUUUUGCGGUGGUGCUCUUCCUUAGCGGCAAAAGGAAGAUGACGAAGAUACUUCCACUAGAGGCUCCUCCUGUUGACGGUAAUCUAGGUCCACUUCCUCCGUCGCAAUUAACGGAGGAAGAGAAAGAGAUGACGCAAACAGAGCAAAACAAUUCAAAUCGAGCUCCCGCGGCUGUUUCUACUCACACAAAACCUAUCGGGAUCAUUCAUCCACCUCCAGACAUAAAACAAAUCGUUGAGAAAACAGCUCAGUUUGUUGCCAAAUACGGUUUGGUUUUUGAAAACAAGGUUAAAGCCGAGAAGGCGAAUAAUCCUCAUUUCAACUUUCUGAAAAGCGAUGACCCUUAUCAUGACUUUUACAGGCACAAGAUCACUGAGUACUCUGCUCUGAAUCAAGACGGAGUUCAGUUUACUGAUUUUGAUGAUACUACUACUAAAGAUCCUGAACUUGAUGCUGUAGAUGCUGAUGAGUCUAAACCUGACCUGCAGGCUCGAUUUAGGGUUCCUUCUAGUAAGCCUUUGGAAGCUCCUGAGACUCAGAAGUAUACGGUGCAACUUCCUAAAGGGAUCACGAGUAAGGAGCUUGAUAUUAUUAAGCUCACUGCUCAGUUCGUGGCACGGAACGGGAAGUCGUUUUUAACGGGAUUAACGAGUAGAGAGAUGAACAAUGUUCAGUUUCAGUUUAUGAAGCCAACGCAUAGCAUGUUCACUUUUUUCACUUCUCUGGUUGAUGCGUAUUCUAAAUUAUUGAUGCCUCCUAAAGAUUUGAAAGAAAAGAUGAUAAAGACUGUUGCUAGUUUGACUACUGUUCUUGAGCGUUGCUUGAAUCGUCUUGAAUGGGAUCGUUCUCAGGAGAAACAGAGUAAGAAAGAAGAAGAAGAGAAAGAGAAGGAGAGAGUUCAGAUGGCUAUGAUCGAUUGGCAUCAUUUUGCUGUUGUUGAGUUGAUAGAUUUUGCGGACGAGGAAGAUGAAGAUUUGCCACCGUCUAUGAUACUUGACGAGGUUAUAAGGAGGAGCAAAGUAUCAGUAAUGGAAAAAGAUGAAGUUGUUGAGUCUGUAAAGGAGGUAGAAAUGGAAAUGGAUGAAGAUGAGGUUGAGCUUGUUGCAGAAGGAGUGAGAGCAGCGAACCUGGAAGAGAAUGGUUGCUCUAUGCAGAUUGAAAAUGUAGACGGUGAAGAAGCACCUAUGAGGAUUGUUAAGAACUGGAAGAGGCCAGAAGAUAGGAUCAUGACAGAGAGAGAUCCAACUAAAGUUGUUAUAUCACCAAUUACUGGAGAGAUGAUUCCCAUUAAUGAGAUGUCUGAGCACAUGCGGAUUUCUCUUAUUGAUCCUAAGUUCAAAGAGCAGAAGGAUCGGAUGUUUGCUAAGAUUCGUGAGACCACUCUUGCACAAGAUGAUGAGAUUGCUAAAAACNACAUUGUCGGGUUGGCCCGCCUUCGUCCUGAUAUCUUUGGAACAACCGAAGAAGAAGUCUCAAAUGCUGUAAAAGCAGAGAUUGAGAAGAAAAAAGAUGAGCAGCCGAAGCAAGUAAUAUGGGAUGGUCACACAGGAAGUAUCGGUCGCACAGCUAACCAAGCCUUGACUCAGAACGCUAAUGGAGAGGAGCAACUUGAUGGUGUUUAUGGAUAUCCUUAUAACUUCCCUGGUCCAGCUGCUCUUCCUCCUCCUCGAACAGGUGUCCCAACAGUCUUGCCAUUACCAGUACCACCUCAUACUUUUGCCUUGAACCUCCCUCGUCCUCCUCCUACUGUUCAGUACCCUGAUGCACCGAGGCCACUUGUUGUUCCAAUGAUGCAGCCAAUGCAUCAGCAACACCAGUUCUCGAUGCCCGGGCCACUUGGACACCCUUCGAUGAUGAUGAACCGACCACCACAAAUGCAGUCUACUAUGCAUGUGCCCCCUCCACCGGGAUUUCAGUUUCCUCGUAUGGAAAUUCCUAGACCUUAUGGUCAGCUUCCACCACAUUCAACGGGGAUGAUGCAGCCACCACCUACGCCUGGGAUGCUUGCUCCCCCACCACCCAUAGAAACACCACCACAUCUUCUUGAGGAGCCUGAGCCAAAGAGACAAAAGUUCGAGGAGUCAGUCCUUGUUCCAGAAGACCAGUUUCUUGCUCAGCAUCCGGGUUCGGCUACUAUCAGGGUUUCUGUGCCAAAAAAGGAUGAUGGGUCCAAAGUCAUUGAGAUCACAGUGCAGUCGUUAUCCGAAAACGUGGGAAGUUUGAAGAUGAAAAUAGCAGGGGAGAUACAAACUCCUGCAAAUAAACAGAAGUUAAGUGGGAAAGUUGGGUUCUUAAAAGACAACAUGUCGCUUGCACAUUACAAUGUCGGAGCAGGAGAGAUCCUAACAUUGUCUGUGAGGGAUCGUGGUGGUAGAAAGAGAUAGAGACCGUUUGGUUGAUACAGGGAAAUGCUUUUUAAUCUCUUAAUUCUUGUUCUU